GCAGCAACCACCACCACAACAACGUCCAGCACCCCAAGCUAAGCCUCACCAGCGCCUCGCCAGUGCCUCACCAGCAGCACUCACCAGCGCGCCGCCCGGCCACGCGGCAAUUCUUUAUUUCGUUCUUCCUCCCCCACUUCCACCUCUUCUUUCUCGCUUCUUCUUUCGUUCUUGUCCUCCACGGCACGCUGGACCUCCCGGUCCCCAACGUUUCCACCGCACGGCUGUACCUACUCCUCCUUGCCACCAUGUUCGCUAUGAUGGAGUAUUUCGGCGAGUUCGCUGUGCCGAGGUCGCUGCCCAAGCUCAGCAGCCAGGACGAGGAUGGCCCCACCGCUCACGGCCAGCUGACGGGCGUAACACACUUCGAGCCCAUCCCACACGACCACGACUACUGUGAGCGUGUCGUCAUCAACGUGAGCGGGCUGAGGUUCGAGACGCAGCUGCGGACGUUAAACCAGUUCCCGGACACGCUGCUGGGGGACCCCUCACGGCGCAUCCGCUACUUCGACCCGCUGAGGAACGAGUACUUCUUCGACCGCAACCGGCCCAGCUUCGACGCCAUCCUGUAUUACUACCAGAGCGGGGGGCGGCUGCGGAGGCCCGUCAACGUGCCGCUGGACGUCUUCUCGGAGGAGAUCAAGUUCUACGAGCUGGGAGACCUGGCCACCAACAAAUUCCGGGAGGAUGAAGGAUUCAUCAAGGAGGAAGAGAAGCCGCUCCCGGACCACGAGUUCCAACGCAAAGUGUGGCUGCUGUUCGAGUACCCGGAGAGCUCGCAGGCGGCCAGGGUGGUGGCCAUCAUCUCCGUGGUAGUGAUCCUCCUGUCUAUCGUCAUCUUCUGUCUGGAGACGCUGCCCGAGUUCAAGCACUACCGCGUCUUCAACACCACCACCAACGGCACCAAGAUCGAAGAGGACGAAGUGCCCGACAUCACAGACCCCUUCUUUUUAAUAGAGACGAUAUGUAUAGUUUGGUUUACGUUUGAACUGUGGGUGCGCUUUUUAGCGUGUCCGAAUAAGUUAAACUUCUUCCGGGACGUCAUGAACAUCAUCGAUAUUAUCGCCAUCAUUCCGUACUUCAUCACGUUGGCCACGGUGGUGGCCGAGGAGGAGGACACUGUGCAGGCACCGCGGGCCCCCGUCAGCCCGCAGGACAAGAGCACCAACCAGGCCAUGAGCCUUGCCAUUUUACGGGUCAUCAGGCUAGUGCGGGUCUUCCGAAUAUUCAAGCUCUCCCGCCACUCGAAAGGACUCCAGAUAUUAGGGAGAACACUGAAAGCCUCGAUGAGGGAACUUGGAUUGCUCAUAUUUUUCUUGUUUAUAGGUGUCAUCCUAUUCUCAAGUGCCGUGUACUUCGCCGAGGCCGGCUCGGAGAUGUCUUUCUUCAAGUCCAUCCCGGACGCCUUCUGGUGGGCCGUCGUUACCAUGACUACAGUGGGAUAUGGCGACAUGAGGUGUGGUGCUGUUUUCGAGUGCCGUAUACUUCGCGGAGGCUGGCUCCGAGAACUCUUUCUUCAAAUCCAUCCCCGACGCGUUUUGGUGGGCCGUAGUCACCAUGACUACCGUGGGCUAUGGAGAUAUGACGCCAGUCGGAGUAUGGGGGAAAAUCGUGGGUUCGUUAUGUGCGAUUGCCGGUGUCCUGACUAUCGCACUUCCCGUCCCUGUUAUAGUCUCCAAUUUCAAUUACUUUUACCAUCGAGAGACAGAUCAAGAGGACAUGCAGAGUCAGAAUUUCAAUCAUGUGACGUCAUGUCCGUAUCUCCCGGGCACACUAGCAGGGCAACAUAUGAAGAAGAGCUCAGUUUCGGAGAGUUCGUCAGAUAUGAUGGAAUUAGAAGAAAGUAUUUUAGUUGGGCCCAUCAAACGGCCCAAUUCCUGCAUUUCCAACCCUCGACUGCAUCAGCCUCACAACAAUACAUACCCAACAAGCAUAGAAACAGAUGUCUGACUACUGGUGUGGGCGGCGGCCUGGUGGGUGCCCUCGUGCCCACCAUGGGGUGCGUCACCCACCUUCAAGUGCUUCCAACGUUCCUCUGGUGACGCCACUACAGACGCCGCCGCCUCCACCAAGCUCAACGGAUUUCAACUUUGGUGCUCUCUUCCCUCCCUGCCCUAGAGCGGGCCCCGCCCCGGCCCCGCCCCGGCCCCGCCAGAGGGGAGGGAGGGGUGGGGGUGCGACGGUGAGGGCCCUCUCAGAGCCCCGUCCCCCCCGCCGCCCUGCCAGCCCGUGGGAGGCGACUCUCACCGCGCCCCGACACCACCACCCCCUCAGAGAACGAAGAAAGGUGUUGGCAAAUCCGCGUAGUAUUAUUAUGAUUAUAAUUAUUACAGACUUCUAAAUGAAACCAACGUGCAACACAACCAAAUACUUUUUUUUAAAUUAAUGCAUAAGGAUCUAAAUAAACUAUUAUAUAAUUAAGAUGGCCAUUUUUAAAAUGCGUUUACGAAUAUAGGUGCAUAUCGAGACCGUCGAAGAGAGUAUGGAGCGGACCCCUAACAGAUGUUCAAAGUGCCCACAGAUAUGUGUCCGUGCGCGUGCGGAUACAGGGUGAGACAGAAAGCCGUCCAUUUGGCGCACGCUCUGUGCGACAGAGUACCUCUUCAUUACCUUCCAGUCAGAUGUAGUUUUUAGAGCAGCGUUCGGCCGUCACCCUGUAUGCACACGCCUUGUGAUGACCCCAAGGAUGACCCGACACGCCGUCCGAGGCGGGGCGUGCGGAGCGUGUGGCUUGCUCUGCAACGCCUCACGCUCUGCCGCUCUCGAACGCCUGUCGAACCGACCGCUAGGCGGCAGCACCGCAGCCAUCCAUGGCGGCAUCCAAGGCAGCAGCUUUCAUCUCCAAUCCCCAUCAUCAGUUUGGCCACUUUCUUUAAGUUAUUUAAUUUUGGCCGUGCAUGUCGCACCACCGGUUCCCACGCCGCGCCGUCCAACUACAGUAAAGCACCGCGAUGCCAUAUCAGGGAUCUCCCGCGCCAUCAUGCCGUCUCGAGAAUUGUGUAAUGGAUCCCCAGGGUAAACCUUUGUCAGGCCGGCCCUGCCCCAUGACUCCAUGGCUCCACCAGGCCCAGCCAGGCCUAGCUAGCCUUGAGGCGGCUACGCUGCAACCGCCCAGCGGCCGCCUGCCGCCUUCCCGCCCACAGCCACUGCCAUGACCGAAGCCACUCGCCCGGCCCGUGAGCACUUCUUGCCGGCCGGUGCAGGGGGCGCGGUGCCAGCCACUGCAAUUGUUGUAUUAUUGUUAUUAUGAUUAUUAUUAUGAUUAUUGUUGUAUUUAUUGUUAUGAUUAUUAUUCCUGGCUGAUCGCAAAUUAUUUUGUAACGUCUGAACAAAAGCAUGUUAUUUUUACCGUAUGUUCAAGCAGUAAGUGUGUGCCUUAACAUAUUGUGUUUGAUCUCGAAUGAACGCGGUGGUACUUUACUUGUAACGGAGAAUUCCCUCUUUUUUUAUUACCUUUUGCGGAGUGUUUUUCCUAUCGCAUCAUUCGAUGUCAAAGUCCA